AUGACAUCCGCGUUCCACCAGUCGCUCAAGCAAGCCGCCACGGACCCACCUCGCUAUUUGCUCAAAGCCUGGAAAGCAGCGUCGGGAGGCGAUGCCGAGUACAACACAGAGGAAGCAAUUACACCUAGUGGCUAUUGGCGGCCAUCAGAUGGACCAACGGCGAUCCAGGACUUGAAUGGGGAUAUUUACAAGAAGCUUUACGUGAAUCACUUCAACCCCGAGAAACGACUACCAACAGUAUUCUCCACCUGGACUGUGUCAUGGGCAGCAAUGAAACUGGACGGCGGAAAUGAGUCCGUGAACUUGGUGAUCUUGACAACUUAUCCAGGGUUGUUCGCUGCAAGUGGUGUAGGCCAUGAGUACGAGUUCCUGGUCUUCGGUAUCGUCCCAGGCUCCACAUUCACGACGAAGAGCAUGGCAGAUCUGAAACAAGCGGCAGGUAUGAGACGCGUGCAGACGCCAGACGGCAGCAUGGCUGGCUGGCGGAUGCGGUGGGUAGACGACAGAACCAUGCUUAUGGAGAAGCAGCUCCAAAUCGUGCAGCGUCUGGGUAACCUGUUCGGCACGAAUUCCGAAUUGGCAGUGAUGUGCCACGUCGCCGGAGCCACUCUGGACAAGUUCCUCAAGACAGACACGGGCAUUGACAAGCUCGCUGAAAGGCUGAUGGGCAAAUGCUCAGGCGUCCCGGACGACUGGUCGGUGGAUCCGGCAUACAGCUGA